AUGGCCUUGUCUGCGUUUUUUUCCGAUUAUCAUGGGGUCCAACAGCUGAAGGAGUCUUAUAAUGAAAUAUCGGUAGCUGAAUGUGAAUAUAACCGGCUGGAAAAUGUAUUUAAAUAUGCCGACGACAAUUCAAUAGCCGAAGGUUUGGUGUAUUUAGAUUGUUUGAAGGAUGUAGUUAGAAAGCAAGUUUUCAUGAAGAACCAAGAGGACCCGUUAAAUUCCAUCGAGGUGUAUAAUAGGUUACUUAAACUCGUUCGGGAUUAUCAUGAAAACCGAGUUCUUAACUACCAGGAAUUUACAAGACUGUCGCAAAAUCAUUUAGAGAAAAUCGAAAAGGCCCUCGAAAUGCUAGUCGAAAGAUUACCCAGCGAUUUUUACAAAACGAAAACGAGAAUAUUAAAGAGCAGUUUACCAGCCAACCUCAACCCAACAAACCAAACGACCGAUACAAUUUUCUACCUGCCGUUCAACGAAGAUUUCCCCGAGCUCAACGGACUCGCCGACAACAAAUCCAAAGACGAAUUUUCCUUAUUAUACGUAAAACCAACGGAAAAACCGCCUUCCAAAGUCGAAAACGGCGCCUAUCCUUUAGAAACGAUGUUCGAAUGCUACGGCCAAUCGAUCCCCGGAUACGAAUUUAAUGAUUUCAAAACCAUCGUACGCAACGAACUCGAAUCCACCAAAACCAACGACGAAAUCAUGAAUUACUUUCUGGAAACGUUCGGCUACGAUGCCAUCGAAUUCCUCACCGCUUUGAUCGAAAAUCGCGGCAAGAAGAUCGAUUACGGCUCACAAACAUACAUCGAUCGAGAUGGUCGAUCGAAUAAACGAAACCCAGCCGAUUUAGUGGCCGGUCAAGUGACAGUCCAAUCCGAAAAGGAGAGUAUCUUAUCGAAAAAGUUGAGGAAAAUGGAGAAGAAAGACCGAGCGAAACAUUCCGGAGCCGAAAUAAGACAAACAGAAAUCGAAUACGAAGUAGCCAAAUCCACUCCGAUAUUCAAAAGAGCAGCCAACAAAGCUUUAGAUCCGGAAGAAUACCCGCACGUGCACGAUCAACUCCGAAAUCACAUGAUAACAACCAAGUACGAUGGGGUGUCCAUCACUCAACCGGACAACGCCAUCAAAACCAUAACCUCGGAACACGCGGAAUUCACCAUACCGGGCGGCAAGAAAAGCGACAUGGAGCUCCCCCAGCUCGUCAAAGUCUCUUCGUUGGAUCCCACCGGUCAGCUGGUGUUUCGCGAUAUAAAAGAAUUCAACGUUAUACAAUCCGAAGUGUUCCCGGUCGCUUAUCAUUCCAACGAAAACAUGCUGAUUUGCGCCCCGACGGGGGCCGGAAAGACCAACAUCGCUCUGCUGGCCAUCGUGCAUCAAAUCAAAUGCUACACCGAAGGGAAUUUGAUCAGAAAGAACGAUUUUAAGAUAAUUUACGUGUGUCCGAUGAAAGCGCUCGCCACGGAAAUGGUGGUGAAUUUCUCCAAGAAACUAGCACCGAUCGGUAUAUCGGUGAAAGAAUGCACCGGGGAUAUGCAAUUGACGAAAAAAGAAAUAGCCGAGACACAAAUGUUGGUGACGACGCCCGAAAAAUGGGACGUUAUCACGCGAAAAGGAGCAGUGGACACCGAAGUGGUCGGGCUGGUGAAGCUGUUGAUCAUCGACGAGGUGCACCUGUUGAACAGCGGCCGGGGGCCCGUCAUCGAAGCGCUGGUCGCCCGGACGCUGCGCCAGGUCGUCAGCAGCCAGAGCAUGAUACGAAUAGUGGCGUUGUCGGCGACGCUGCCCGGCUACCUGGACGUCGCGACGUUCCUGAAGGUCAACACCCGGUCGGGUUUGUUCUUCUUCGACAAUCGGUACCGUUCGGUGCCUCUGACCACGACGUUCGUCGGUUGCAAGAAGAAGAACGAGACGGAGAUCAUGGACGCGUUGUGUUACAAGAAGGUGGUGAAUUUUAUCAGAGAUGGGCAUCAGGCUAUGGUGUUUGUUACAUCGAGGAACGCCACGGCGGCUGUGGCUAAAAAAUUGAUCGAAAUAGCUCAAGAGAAAGGUACAUUGUCGUUGUUCGAACCGGAUAAGUCGAUUCGAAUGAACCGGAGCGGUUACAAAAGCGGCGAUUUGGGUUAUCUGAUACCGUUAGGUUUCGGUAUACACCAUGCAGGUAUGGUGAGAUCGGACCGGUUAGAAGUAGAAAAAUUGUUUCGAAACGGCGAAUUGAAAGUCAUCGUUUGCACCACGACGCUCGCUUGGGGCGUCAAUUUACCCGCUCACGCCGUCAUCAUACGGGGUACCCUGCAUUACGACGCGGAAAAGUCCAAAUUCGUGGACAUGGACAUGUUGGAUGUGCAGCAAAUAUUCGGACGGGCCGGCAGGCCUCAAUAUGAUACAUCAGGACACGGUAUAAUCAUCACAUCGAUGGCUAACAUGUCAAAAUACAUGGGUUUGAUGUUGUCCCAGGUACCCAUCGAAAGUCAAUUUUUGAAAUGUAUACCGGACAAUUUGAACGCCGAGAUUGUUCUCGGUACCGUUUCGAAUAUUAAAGAAGCGAUGGAAUGGCUGGCCAAUACUUUCCUGUAUGUGCGAAUUAAAAAGAACCCGCUCGAGUACGGUUUGACAUUCAACGAAAUUUGGGACGUCAAUCAAUUCAACCAAUUCCUGCAACAUCAACUCGACUCUGCGGCCAAAACGUUGGAAAGAUCGCAAAUGAUCCGAUUCGAUGGCAAUUCGGGCGAAUUGCGACCGACCACCUUCGGUCGCAUCGCCAGUUUCUAUUACAUAUCGUACAAAACCAUGGAGAUGUUCUACGAGAAAUUCGACAGGCACACCUCCGAACCGGCGCUGUUGAAGCUCAUCGCCGAGGCCUCGGAAUUUUCCCAAAUACAAGUGAGAAUGGACGAAAUCCAGGAGCUCGAUCGGUUGCGCGAAUGCAACGAAUACGACAUCAAUUUGGACUUUUCCAAUUCCGUCGACAAAGUCAUCAUGCUGAUCCAAGCGAACAUAAGCAGGGAACACGUCAAAGUAUCGUCUCUCGUCUCCGAUUCGCAAUUCAUAAUGCAGACUGUCAUCAGAUUGGCCAGGGCGCUGUUCGAAAUCGCCAAAGACAAGGACUUCGCCAUGCAGGUGUCUCGCACGUUGACCUUCGCCCGGAUGCUCGACCAGCAAAUGUGGGACCACGCCCAUCCGCUCAUGCAAUUCAAGGAACUCAUACCCCAUCUAUCCUCGUACCGAUCCGCUAAAGUACUCAGCAUGCCCGUGUGGGAGCUAAACGAGCUCACCGAACGCGAGCUCGAAUCGAUGUUUCGCAGCAAACACGUCGGUGGCAGGGUGAAGCAUUAUUGCAGGAUAUUUCCGCAGGUGGAAGUGGAUUUCAUCGUUAAACCCAUAACGGAGGGUGUCAUUCGAGUGAAAUUGCUGAUAACGCCGAAGUUCAAAUGGGACCAUUCGGUGCACGGUACCGUCCAGCAUUUCUACGCUUGGAUCGAAGAUCCCCAACACGACAGUAUCUAUCAGAUGGAAUCGUUCGUGGUUACCAAGAGGAUGUGUUCGCAGGAGGAACCCAUCGAGUUGUCUUUGACGGUACCUCUAACCAAACCGCUGUCGUUGGAGUACUUCAUACGCGUCGUAAACAGUCAAUUCUUACAUUCCGAACAAAUAGCGGUGAUCGAUCUGCAGGAUUUGAAGUUGUUCACGGCCGAUUCGUACCAAACGAAGAUCCUCGAUUUGCAACCGUUACCGAAGACCGUCUUGCAGAACAAACCGUUCGAAGAUCUCUAUCCGUUCAGCCAUUUCAACGCCGUACAAAGCCAAGUCUUCCACACUUGUUACCACACCGAUACACCGGUGAUACUCGGAGCACCGACCGGUUCCGGUAAAACCAUCGUAGCCGAAUUGUGCAUCCUGCGAUUGUUCACUAACCAACCUAAUUUGAAGGUGGUUUACAUAGCGCCGAUGAAGGCUUUGGUGCGCGAACGGGUGUCGGAUUGGUCCCAAAAAUUCUCGAAGAUAUCCAAGCGAGUGGUGGAGGUGACGGGCGACGCGACGCCCCGCUCCGAAUUCAUCCGAUCGUCGCACGUGAUCGUCACGACGCCCGAAAAGUGGGACGCGAUGAGCAGGAAUUGGACGGCGAAGGAUUUCGUCAAGGACGUGGGUUUGAUCGUCAUCGACGAGGUCCAUCUGUUGGGCGAAGAACGCGGGCCGGUGUUGGAGGUGAUCGUUUCGCGGAUGAACUACAUCAAUGCGAAGACCAAGCGAUCGAUCCGGAUCGUCGGAUUGUCGACGGCGAUGGCGAAUCCCGGCGAUUUGGCCUAUUGGUUGAACGCCGAUAAGCGGGGAAUAUUCAACUUCAGCUCGGCGGUGCGGCCGGUGCCGUUGGAGAUCCACCUGCAGGGCUUCAACAACAAGCACUUUUGUCCGCGAAUGGCGGCGAUGAACAAGCCCUGUUACCAGGCGAUAUGCCAAUACGCCGGCGACAGUUCCACGCUGAUAUUCGUCGCUUCGCGCAAACAAACCAGGAUCACCGGUUACGAGCUGAUGAAAUUGCUGUUGGCCGACAACCAUCCGCAGAUGUGGGUGCAUUGCGACGCCGGGGAAAUCGAAUCGGCCAAACGUCGGAUAAUCGACCAGGACUUGGGCCAGUUGAUAACCUUCGGUAUCGGGAUCCAUCACGCCGCUCUCGCCGACAACGACAGGCGAAUCGUCGAGGAGUUGUUCGUCAAUCGAAAGAUCCAAGUGCUCGUCGCGACGGCGACGCUGGCGUGGGGCGUCAAUCUGCCCGCCCGGCUGGUCAUCGUCAAAGGGACGGAGUAUUUCGACGGGGCUACCAAGCGAUACGUCGACAUGCCCAUCACGGACGUUAUUCAAAUGGUCGGAAGAGCAGGUCGUCCGCAAUUCGACACGUCCGGCAUAGCCUGCGUGAUGGUGCAGGAGAACAAGAAGAACUUCUACAGGAAGUUCCUGUUCGAACCGUUUCCGGUCGAAUCGAAUCUAUUGGAGUACCUGCCCGAUCACGUCAACGCCGAGAUAUUCAACGGGAACGUGACGAACAAAUCGCAACUGGUCGAAUUCGUCGAAUCGACGUUCUUCUUCAGACGGUUGUUGUCGAAUCCAUCGUACUAUCAGAUGGAUUCGGGUUCGAAUCCGGAGAUUUACGUCGACGAAUUGGCCGAUUCGGUGGCGGGGACUUUACAGGCGCACGAUUGUAUCGUGGUGGAAGAUGAAAUAUACGGAUCGACGAUUUUGGGAAUGCUGGGCGCGCAAUUUUAUCUGUCUCAUAAAACGGUGCUGUUUCUCAGCGAAAACAUGCAAGAAAACAGCACGAUCGAGGAGUUGUUGGAGCUAAUUUGCCAAGUGGAAGAAUAUAAAUUGAUGCCGGUUAGGCAUAACGAGGAUAAUAUAAAUAAGGAUAUGGUGAGACACAUCGACAUGAAAACAUCCUUCCCGUACGAUUCCCCUUGCCUGAAAGUAUUACUGAUGAUCAAAUUCUAUCUCUUGGAUUUGAAUCUACCCAACCAAGAGUACGUGCUCGAUUUGAAAAACGUUUUGGACCAAAUCAUCAGAAUCGUCCACGCUAUGAUGAACCUAGCGGCGCAUCGAAACUGGCUAAACUGCACGGUAAAAUUAAUAUACUUCUGCCAAAUGUUGAUACAAGGAUACACCAUCGAUAUGUCAAACGUUUUGAUGCUACCCUACGUUAAUCGAGAGAACCUUACUUACAUAAAAGAGAUAUUCCCCAAAUCGACGUCGAUACCCCAAUUAAGAUCGAUGCUGGGUCACAGAGAAUCCUACAAUAGACUCACGGGCAUUUUAAACGACAUCUUCAGCAAGGAAAUGGCCGCGGAAAUCGUGAAAACUCUGAACGAUUUGCCGAUUUUGAACGUUAAAGUUAACGUGACGAUGAACGGUAGCGAUAAGAAGUUACCGUGCGAUUUGAUUGGGAGUUAUUACCAGUUUAGUGCAGAUUCGGAGGCUCAGUAUGUGUUCGAAGUGAACGUUCACAGGACAGGGAGCCGGAAAAUGAACGUUCACAGCAAGAAGUUCAACAAGCAGAAGGAGGAGUUUUGGUUCCUGCUGUUCCUGCAGGAAGACGAGAUGACGUUUAGGAAGUUUUCGUUCGCGAAGAGCGCCAAGAAGUUUUUGAUACCGUUUAAAACUCCUGCAAGACGAGGUGUGUAUACCAGCAAAUUGAUGUUUAUGAGCGAUUGUUACAUCGGAUUAGACCAGAUUUUAACGUACAGGAUUAAAAUCGAA